AAUGGGAGUACCAACAGCAGUGUCGGUGGCGGCGCGGGCGGCACAGGCGGGGCCAUGAGCAGCAGCAGCAGCAACAACACCACCAACAACACAGGGUUCGAGCAGGUGCCGAGUGGACCCUUCGGGGGCGGCACCCCGCUCUCAAUGCUGCAGCUGCCUCCCACCGCCCACGCCGAACUCAACGCUCAUCUCAACACUCCGGGAUCGUCCGGGGCUAGUUUCACUCUGGAUGGCGGGAGAGCGGCUGAUGCCGGUGAGGCCGCCGAACACACCGAGGGGGAGGUGGGAUGGGUCUGCAAGUCCUGCCGCCUCGUGUUCCCGUCACCGCCACUCCUGGCCGCCCACCAGCGCGCCCUUGAUCACUCGCGCGGCGUCCUCAGGCUGACGCAGUUGCUGUACGCCUGCACCGCCUGCCGCCACCACGCCACCACGCAGGUCGAAUUCCGACGCCACUUGGAGAGCGAACAGCACCGUGCUGCCGUGGCCCCUGCCCUCCCUACCAGUGGGAGCGGUAGUAGCAGCGGCGUGGUGGAGGACGCGGAGGUGGCGGCUGUGGUACGACAGAUCACGGCCCUGGCCCAGGCGGCGCAUCCUGGCACAGACACCAAUGCCAACAUCAACAAAGACAACACCGCCCCCACACCCGGGCCACAACCGGCCCCUAGUCAGUAGGGUGGGUCACCUGGGCCUCCCUGGCCCCUGGCUCCCUCUCAGUGACUCGCGCGGCACCCGAGCCACCCAGCCGGGUCUCCUCGGUAUCCUCGCAGGUCGGGCCUCGUGCCCAGCCCACUUAACGCCUCGCAGAAAACGCCCCUCGGCGGCGCUCCACAAACUCUGUCGUGUGUCGUUGUGGCCUCGCCGCUGAUGUGUCCGUGUAAACGUCGUGUUGUAGCUUGCGGUCACCAGGCGCCGCGCCUCCCCGCCCCAACCACGCCGCCCUCACCACCACGACAGCGUGUCCACGUUAUAGCCCUAAGGGCCUCACAAGACUGCCCAUACCGACCGUGUGAGGCGUGGGCAUUUAGGCAGCACGUGGUAGACACGGCUGGCGUGGGUGUGGGCGUGGGCACUGGUUCUUACAAUCAUUGAUUAUGUGGGUAAUGGUUCCUACGUAGGUUUAUCGUGGCCAGUACUAUGUUCCUGUAGCGAUAGUGUGACCCCGCACUGCCCGGGUCAUGGGUCGCUUCUUGGCGUUCUCUCCGGCGACGCCGGCGGCGUCCCCAGUUCCUUACCUCCCACAGUGUACAACAACCGGCGGAGGACUUACACUUGUCAAAGUGAUAAUCCUGAAACCUUAGGAUAAGGAAACCUCGCAAGAUACUUCAAAUGUGUAACCCCAGACAUCUGCAAGUAGUCUUUCCCUCGCGGGGAGGUACAGUAUAUACUAAGUCAUUUUGAUGCAACACUUAUGAAACUUUUUCUCCUCAUGUUCCACAUGUACAUGCAAGCCGUCAGUGUGUACUUGAAGGUUUACCAGUACACAGUGACGUACGUUCACCCAAGUUCUGUAGCGAUACACAGCGAUGGUGUCAGCGAACGGGAACUUAGUUUUAUUUUGUAUUUCAAACAGUCUCAUCUUUCCACGUAAGGUAGAUUGAUCCUUCUGGACGUUCUGCACAAGGCUGAGAUCCGCUGAAGACAUCAGUGCGUCUACUGAACGGCUUGAGAUAGAAUGAAGAAAGAGCUAAGACGAGGUGUAACCAGACCAACGUAUCCGUGGUGCCGGUGCCAGUCCCAGGCACCUCGGCUCUCCCGCCCCCACCCACGCCAUCACCACCACCAUCACAACAUUCACUCAGCAAAACAACACUAGCCAUUUGAAAUCAAUUUUGCAUUUAAUUUAUAAUAAUAGUGUGAUUUUAAAGUAACAUUUUCAAAUAUCAUUGAUUAUUUUGAUCACAAGCAGUUACCAACAGAGUUCUAAAUAACAAAAAUGGAUAUAUUCUUUCUGAUUGAUAAAUGUGAAAUGAUAAUUCAAUUUGACAAUGAUAAAAUUUCAUAGAAUAUCUAUUUUGA